AUGGAGAAUGAUAAUGAGAGAAAUAAUAAUGAGCAUAGACGUAAAUUAUUGGAAGAGAUAUUUGGUUUCGAAGAAGAUGAUAAUUUGAUUGGCGAAGAAUCAGAAGGUGAAGAACAAUCUGAUUGUGCAGCAGCUGAUUAUAUUAACAACAAUUUGGAAGAAUCCAAUAAUGUCAAUGCUGAAGAAGGACCUCUACCAGGUAUGAUAUUUAACAGUAUUGAGAGUCUGAUGAAUGCUUAUCAAGAACAUGCAAGAGUUUUAGGUUUCGUUGUUGCCAAGAGAUCAGCUCAUAAAAAGAGUGGUGAAAGUUACAAGUAUGUUACAAUUUGCUGUGACAGAGGAAGGAAACAACAAUUUGAGAAGUCUACAAAGAGGAUAAAUUGUCCGGCAAGAGUAAAUGCAAUUAGGAGAGACAAUGGAGUUUGGCAGGUUUCAAAAACAAAAUCAGAACACAACCAUGCAUUGCAACCUGAUAUGUCUAUUUUGAUGCCUGCCCAUAGGAAUCUGACAAUUAACAUGAAGAGACAACUGGAAGCCAUUGAUAUUGCAGGCAUAAGGCCGUGUAAGAAUGUUAGAAUGAUAGAAGUUCAAGCUGGUGGGCCACAAAAUUUAGGAUGCUUGCCUAAAGACUGCAGAAAUUUCAUUGAGAGUCGGAGAAGGCUGAGACUAGGUGAUGGAGAUGCAGAGGCCAUUCGGAAGUUGUUUGUAAGGAUGCAACAAAAAGACAAGGAAUUUUUUCAUUUGAUAGACGUCAACGACGAAGGCAUGCUAACUAAUGUGUUGUGGGUCCAUCCUCGUGCAAAAGCCGCAUAUGAAGAAUUUCAUGAUGUUGUCAGUUUUGACACAACAUACCUUGUGAACAGGUAUAGAAUGCCUUUUGCUACAAUUGUAGGCAUAAAUCAUCAUGGACAAUCAAUUCUUUUAGGCUGUGCACUAGUUACACAUGAGGACACAAGAUCAUUCAAGUGGCUUUUUAUGAAUUGGCUCGAAACAAUGGGAAAUAUUCAUCCUAAUGUUAUUUUAACCGAUCAAUGCGAAAGCAUCAAGUCCGCUAUCACUGAUGUUAUGCCUAACACUAUUCAUCGGUAUUGCUUGUGGCAUAUCCUUUGA